CCCCUCUUUUGGCUCUUCUGGGUUUUUUUCUUCCCUUCUCUGCUCUCUCUGUGACCCUUAAAAAUGGAGGAGUUAGGUUCCAUGUGGUAUCACGAGAGUAUUGAUGAACUGAAAGUUAAGCUUCAAUAUGCAACAAUUGAGUUGGAGGCAAUGAAAAUGAAUGCAAAUGAGCAACUGAGGAAGCACAGGGAAGACAUAAAGUAUUUGCUCAAUGUUCUGAGGAUUGCUUACAAGGAAAGAGAUGAAGCAAGAGAUCAAUUGCAAAAGCUGCUCAAUAAGUUCAUGGCUUCCAGUCCUACUGAAUUGCAUCAUGUUCUUCCUCAUCCCCAACCGGGAAGUCCCCUCUUGAUCCACGCCAAGGCAAACUCAAGCAUAACUGAAUCCAACAGCAUGAACAGUCUAUCUGAUACCUAUAAUCACCCAUCACAUGGCUCUUCCCCUGUUAAUUCCUUCUUUGAAGGUGUAACUUCGCCAGAAUUCUCAAGCAUCAACAUAACUGAUUCAAGCAACGUGGGGCAUGUGAAUCAGCCUCUUGUUCAAGGCUAUAAAACCUCUAUGUCGUCAGGGUUUGUCUCUGCAGGAGUAACCAAGAAUGAUCCUGCUCUUGCUGUAAUUGAUGCUAUUGCAAAGGGGAAAACUUUGCCAGAGAAGGGAAAGUUUUUGCAGGCUGUCAUAGAAGCAGGUCCUCUUCUUCAGACUCUUCUUGUUGCUGGACCCCUUCCCCGGUGGAGAAACCCUCCUCCUCUACAACCUUUCAAACUCCCACCUGUUUCCAUCAAAGCUUUUGAUGCCGCAAAUGUUAACCAUGAUCAAAAACCAGCUCCAAACUCAAUUACCAUUCCUCAAAAACCACUGAAUUCACCGUACCUUCAGAUUUCCCGAGCUCAUCCCCAUCUGUGCUCAACAUCCAUGUUGAACUUUUCAAGUUCUGUUCCUACCGGUGGACUAAGUACCUCAAGAUUAACUGCAGGUGCUGCUGUUAGCACUCAAAUCCCUGCUGUAAAGCGCCAAAAAAUUCAAUAAGUAGAAUGCGAGUUUGCUUUUCUUUUCUUUUAUAAAACAAACUCUAAGGAUUGCUGAUGUAAAUGGGAUACUGUUUUUUGGAGGGUUUGAAUGAUAUAGUUAUCCAGUAUAUUAACUUUGUUUUCUUCUUGUAUUUUCCUUCUUAAUUUUCCUUUCUUUCUAGUUUUGUUCUUAGAAAAUCCGAAGUAGUCAUUGAUAUCAUCUUAGCUUGAGAACAAAAGCAUACAAGUUUA